AUGAAUUGCCAAUGUUUUACCGAAGAAAAUCACAUCAUAGUCAAUUGUUCCGGAAAGGGAAUCGAAAGAAUCCCCAACGUUCUCGUCCCGAAUGCGGAGAUUGUCGAUUUGAGUAAUAAUUACAUAAAAGAGUUGUCGGAUGUCGAUAGUGUGACGUGGAGAAACGUCACACAUCUGCGUCUGAGUAAUAAUUUAAUAAGUAUUAUUUGGGAUUGUGUUCUUUUGCCAAACCUCAAAUCUCUGUGGUUGGACGAAAACCGGUUAACCGAAUUGUCUUACGGAUUAAUGAACUUGAUCGACGUUUCUACGGAAUUCCAGAUUUACUUGUCCAGAAAUAAUUGGAAUUGCCAUUGCCAUUCGCUUUUUACUAAGGACUGGUUGCUUAGAAACCGACAGAAAAUUGCAGAUUUCUCCAAUAUUUACUGCAUAAGAAAUUCGUCUUCUGUGUCUUUCACCGAUAUAAUUCAAAUGAAGAAUGCACAGAAAUUGCAGAAAUAA